CUCUUCAUUAUCAAUCUAUCAACACAAUCAAGCUUAAUUUCCUGUUUUUCCCAUCUGGGUUUUGUACAAAUAUCUUGUUAAUCAAUUGCAGAUCGAUGCCGAGCAUGAGUAUGGAAACAUUAGAGGUUGAUCAAGUCAAUCAAUUAAGAGAAGUUUUUGCCCGAUUCGACAUGGAUUCCGACGGGAGCCUGACAAUUCUUGAGCUUGCAGCACUGUUAAGAUCACUAGGACUAAAGCCAUCAGGAGACCAAAUCCAUGUCUUGUUAGCAAACAUGGACUCCAAUGGCAAUGGAACAGUAGAAUUUGAUGAAUUGGUUAGUCUCAUAUUGCCUGACAUGAAGGCCGACAUAUUGAUGAAUCAAGAACAACUCCUGGAGGUAUUUCGAUCGUUCGAUCGAGACGGGAAUGGGUACAUUAGUGCGGCAGAGCUGGCAGGGUCUAUGGCCAAGAUGGGUCAGCCAUUGACAUAUAGAGAGCUAAGAGAGAUGAUCAAAGAGGCUGAUACUGAUGGGGAUGGUGCCAUUAGCUUCAAUGAAUUUGCUUCUGUAAUGGCUAAGUCGGCCUCAGAGUUUCUAGGGCUGGCUUUGUGCUGACAAAUUGGUAUGUAAAAAAGUAAGCUUUACAUUGUUAAUAUGACGAAACUAAAAUGCCAAAGAUCUCAAUGUUUUUACUCCAA